UCGUGGGGUGGCUGACCGGAGCUUUAAAGAUGCUUCGCUUUAAUGGUCUCGCAAUCAGCUGCGAACUCCAACCGCCUUUCAUUUCCCCCCAAACGCCCCACAAAAUCACCACGGAGCUCAGAGCGAGAAUCGACACAAUGGCAGGAACGACGGCGGCGGCGGCGGCGGCGGCGGCGGAGACGGAGGAGCGGCGUGUGUGCGUCACCGGCGGCAACGGCUUCAUUGGCAGUUGGCUGGUCCGCGCCCUCCUCGAGAAGGGUUACGCCGUCACCGCCACCAUCCAGCCCGGCGCCGACGCCGCCCACCUGCGCUUCCUCCCAGGCGGCGGCGGCGACCCCUCGCGUCUCCUCCUCAUCCACGAGGCCGACCUCCUCGACGCCCCAGCCCUUGCCGCCGCCGUCGCCGGCUGCCGCGCCGGCGUCUUCCACGUGGCGUCCCCCUGCACCCUCGAGGACCCGGCGGACCCUCAGCGGGAGCUCGUUCUGCCGGCGGUGCAGGGGACGCUCAACGUGCUGGAGGCGGCGCGUGCGGCCGGAGUCCGGCGGGUGGUGAUCACCUCCUCGAUCUCCGCCAUGGUUCCCAAUCCCCGCUGGGCCCGGGACCAUCCGGGGCGGCCGGUCGAUGAGGAGUGCUGGACCGAUCUCGAUUACUGUAAGGCUCGCAAGGUAUGUAUGUCCGGUGUUGUGGAUCUAUCACACGGACUCUCUUUUAUCUGGUACAGUACUGCCGGGGAGGACCAGAAAUGGUACCCAGUGUCCAAGACGAUGGCAGAGAAAGCAGCUUGGGAAUACGCAGAAAAGCACAAGUUGGAUGUAGUGACCAUCAACCCAUCCACAUGCCUUGGUCCCCUCUUGCAGCCUGGUCUCAAUGCCAGCUCCGCUGUCCUCCAACAACUCUUACAAGGAUCAAAAGACACUCAUGAGUAUCACUGGCUGGGCUGUGUGCAUGUGUGUGAUGUUGCUGCUGCUCAGGUCUUGCUCUUAGAGACGCCUAAUGCAUCUGGGAGGUACCUAUGCACAAAUGGAAUAUAUCAGUUCAAGGACUUUGCCGAAACUGUCGCUAAGCUUUGCCCUGGGUACAACGUAGAAAGUUUUACUGAAGAAACUCAACCGGGACUUGUGGCAUGCAAAGAUGCAGCAAAGAAGCUGAUUGAUCUUGGCCUGGUCUUCAGGCCAAGAGAAGAAGCAAUCAAGGACGCCGAGGCAAGCCUGAACGCGAAGGGCUUCCUGGGUCAGCAUCAGCUACAAAUUUAAUACGAGUAAUCUCUAUAUUAAGAUUGAGAUUCACUAUGUUUAUCGGCUAAUAAAUCUUGUAAUUAUCCAAUAAAGUCCUUUUCUUUGUGAUAUGUUUCGAUCAUGUCUCUAACCUCUAUGUAAGAAUCUGAUACCUUCUCAAUAACUUCUUUUCCACUGAA